AUGGAGAACAAAACCUUGGUGACAGAGUUUAUCCUUGUGGGUUUCACGGACGUUCGCUCACUGCAGAUCCUGCUGUUCAUUUUAUUCCUCCUCAUCUACCUCCUAACCUUGGCAGGAAACAUUAUUAUCAUCUGCAUUACCCUGCUGGACCAGCACCUCCAGACUCCCAUGUAUUUUCUCCUCAGACACUUUUCUUUAUUGGAAAUUGGCUUCACCUCUGCUUCCACCCCAAGAACUUUGUUCAACCUGGCAUCAGGCACCAAAUCAAUAUCUGUAGCUGGGUGUCUUGCCCAGUGCUUUUUCUAUUUCAUAGUGGGCACAGCUGAGUUCUUCCUGCUGGCAGCCAUGUCCUUUGACAGAUACGUAGCCAUCUGCAAGCCACUGCACUACCCCUCUAUCAUGAACACUAGGUUUUGUGGCCAGCUGGUGCUGGGCUCCUGGGUGAUCAGCUUCCUGUAUGUGAUCAUCCCACUAAUUCUUUUGUUCCAGCUUCCUUUCUGCGGGCCAAACACCAUCAACCAUUUCUUCUGUGAUAACUUGCUGUUGAUUAAACUUGCCUGUGCAGAAACACGGUACCUAGGACUCCUGGAUUUCCUCUUGGCCACAUGCAGUGUCUUAGGGACGCUGGCUGUCACAAUAAUCUCCUACGUCAAGAUCAUUUCCACUGUGCUGCACAUCCCGUCUGCAUCUGGAAGGCAGAAAGCCUUCUCCACCUGCAUUUCCCACCUCACUGUGGUCUCCAUCACUUACGGAAGCUGCAUCUUCAUGUAUGUCAAGCCCUCAGGGAGUGGCACACUGGACCUCAACAAGGCAGUGGCUGUUCUUAACAACAUGGUGUCCCCUCUGCUGAACCCGUUCAUCUACAGUCUGAGGAACAAGCAAGUCAAAGAGGCUUUGAGGGGUGCUCUUGGCCAGAAUGGGAGGUUCUUUAAGAACCCAAAUAUCCAAUGA